AUGAUUAUAUUUAUAACAUCAUUUUUGACACUUAUCAAUUGUGAUUGUAUUCCUUAUGGAGUAAGAUUAUCUUUAGGACAUUAUUAUUCUACCCUUAAUGACAUCAAUAAUUAUAUCACACUCACUUUUAAUUCUUAAAAUAUUUGUUUAGACUAUGUUGUUUAGAUCAUUAAUCCUAUUAGUAUUAACAAUAUUUAAGUAAAUGAUUAUAAAUUGUUAAAUAUGACUGAUAUUUACAAAGAAUCUUAAAAUGCUAUUCAUUAUCAAACUUAUAUUUAUGAUGUAAAAUUAGGUUAAUUCAAUGGUUUAUUUGAAGGAAAUUAAUACACUUUUAUUAUUUAUUGGGAAAAUGCCAUUGUUGCAGGUCCCUUCUAUUUUUAAAUUCCCUCUAAAUCUUUAAAUUACUCUAGUAAAUUUAUAAUAAUGGGAGAUUUAGAUUCAAAUUGGAAUUUAAAUACAUCUAAAGAAACUUUUGAUUGGUUUACAAAUUAAAUUAACAAAACAAUGUUUUAUGAUGGUAUAAUCUAUCUAGGUGAUAUGGCAUAUGAUUUAGAAGAUGAUAAUUGCUAAGUAGGUGACAAUUUCCUUAGAAAUAUUAGUUUAUUUACAUCUCAUUUUCCAUUCAUGUUAACAUUUGGAAAUCAUGAUAAAGGUUAAAAUGAAGAAUUUGUUUAUAUUAGAUAAUCUUUUGCUACUCCAAGGAUAUCUGAUUAUGAUAAUUCGAUUAAAUACAAUGAUUUUUAUUCAUUUUAAGUUGGUCAUGCUUAUUUUGUGUAAUUUCAUCCAUAUAAAAUUGCAUAUGGAAAUAAAGAUGAAACUUAUUUUAAUUAUACUUUAUAUCAAAUGGAAUCAGAAUUAAGAAGAAUUAGAUAACAUGAAAAUACAUCUUGGUUAAUUGUUUACAAUCAUUAUCCAUUUUAUUGUAGUAAUCCUGACGAUGGAUUUUGUGAAGAUCAUUAUAAAAAAAUGAAGUUAUUUGAAGAUAUUUUCAUUAAAUAUAAUGUAGAUUUAUGUUUAGCUGGACAUCAACAUACAUAUGAAAGAGAUGAACCUUUAGCUUAUAAUAAAAUUGCUUAAUUUGAUAAAUAUGAAAAUAAUAUAUAUACAAAUCCUAAAGCACCAAUCUAUAUUGUAGAAGGUGCUGCAGGAAAUGAUGAGAUUAUGCCAAAAGAUAUUUGUAUUCUAUAUAAAUACUUUUUUUAGAUCCACCAAAGUUUUAUACUAAAUUUUAAGCUGCUGGCGAUGGAUUGGGCAUCUUAGAAAUAAAAAAUGAAACUCAUUUAUAUUUUGAACAUAGAAUGAGCAUUAAUGAUUCUGUUGUUGAUUAUUUUUGGAUUCUUAAAACUAAAGUUAUUCCAGAUGAUGAUGACACAGAUAAGAAUUCUAUAUCUAUAUGGAUAUGGAUUCUAAUUGGCAUUGUAGUCUUACUUUUAAUUGGUUUUAUUGUAUAUUGUCUUCUAAAAAAGAAACAAAAAAAGACAUAUGAUGAGUUUAUUUGA